UGUGAGCGCGGCGUGCGCGGACCCGCGGGAGAAGCCGGCAGCGGCUCAGCACCGGAGCCCUGCGCCACGCACGCGCCCGGACACCGUGCAGCAGUCACCUCCGCCGGGGAAAGGAGCCUUCCGCACCAUGCCCCGCAUAGAUGCGGACCUCAAGCUCGACUUCAAGGAUGUCCUGCUCCGACCUAAGCGGAGCAGCCUUAAGAGCCGCGCCGAGGUGGAUCUUGAGAGUACUUUCACAUUUCGAAACUCGAAGCAGACCUACUCUGGGAUCCCCAUCAUUGUAGCCAACAUGGACACCGUGGGGACAUUUGAGAUGGCAGCUGUGAUGUCGCAGCAUUGCAUGUUUACGGCGAUUCAUAAGCAUUACACGCUGGAUGACUGGAAGCGCUUCGCCACGCUCCACCCCGAGUGCCUGCAGCAUGUGGCUGUGAGCUCGGGCAGUGGACAGAACGACCUGGACAAGAUGAGCAGCAUUCUGGAGGCCGUGCCGCAGGUGAAGUUCAUUUGCCUGGAUGUGGCCAACGGGUAUUCGGAGCAUUUUGUGGAGUUUGUGAAACUGGUCCGAGCCAAGUUUCCCGAGCAUACUAUCAUGGCAGGAAAUGUGGUGACAGGAGAGAUGGUGGAAGAGCUUAUUCUGUCCGGAGCAGAUAUCAUCAAAGUGGGAGUCGGACCAGGUUCUGUGUGCACUACCCGCACCAAGACCGGGGUGGGCUACCCCCAGCUAAGCGCGGUGAUAGAGUGCGCAGACUCUGCCCAUGGCCUCAAGGGGCACAUCAUCUCUGAUGGAGGCUGCACGUGUCCAGGAGAUGUCGCCAAAGCCUUUGGAGCGGGCGCUGACUUCGUCAUGCUGGGGGGGAUGUUCUCUGGCCACACUGAGUGCGCGGGAGAAGUGAUCGAGAGGAACGGACAGAAGCUCAAGCUCUUCUACGGCAUGAGCUCAGAGACAGCCAUGAAGAAGCACGCAGGCGGAGUGGCCGAGUACAGAGCCUCUGAGGGCAAGACUGUGGAAGUGCCUUACAAAGGGGACGUGGAACACACGAUUCUGGAUAUUCUCGGGGGACUGAGAUCUACCUGCACCUACGUGGGAGCUGCCAAGCUCAAGGAGCUCAGCAGGAGAGCAACGUUCAUCCGGGUGACCCAGCAGCACAACACUGUGUUCACUUAACCUUGGGAUGGAGCUGGAGCCGAAGCUGCUGCCUCACACACCCGCUUUCCCAUCGCCUCCUGUCCAUCCUGCCAGAGCUGCUGGCUGCUCCCGAGUGGUGGGAUGCUGUGUCUUUGCUCCCCGUCCUGCCGCCUGGAGGCUUGGGGCUCCCUCGUGCCUUCUUGGGGCCCAGACGUAGGGCCCUAAUUGGGCCAACGGCCCAGGACUCAGAGCCUCAUGGUUCACUUGCACCUUCUUUCCUUUCCUUUUCUCUUUCUUUUUCCUUUUUAAAAGAAAAUGAUUUUCCUUUAAUAUAAUGUAUUAUCCUGAGAUCCCAUGGAGUGCUGGGGUUCGCGCUUGCACGGGGUCGUUAGAGAUAGUGGCACUGCCUUCCUGGCCAGGUAAGCGGCACCUGUGGCCGCCAGCCUUUGAGAAGCCUUGGGAAGGGCUGGGCUGCAUCCCAGUAGCUGGGGUCCCCUUCCCUCCAGAUGUUGCUUGCCGGAAUGCAGCAUAAAGCUGCUUGUAGGAAAACAGCCCUGUCCUAGGAUUUCGCUUUGUUUUCCUCCAUCCCUUUUCCUUCCCUUCUCAGUCUCAACCUGUCAGGCAGGCCUCUCUCAAAGAAGGUAUAAAGGAAGAUCUGUGAAGAAUGGCAGGGCGAGGCCUGCUGAGGAAGCAGCAGCCUUGCUCAGUGGCCCCCUGCAAGGCAUUGGUUUAAAAUGUGAGUUUCCAUAUUUUCCUUGCUGGGAUUUGUCCCCAGUUCUGCCAGGCCGUGGUCAGCUCGCUGGCUGGUGAGGGGGGACCUUGUCUUGGAGAAAGGACAUACAUAGUUCUCUCACCCCUGGUCACUCGAGUUGAAGUUACUGCUUGAGUAGGACUAGAAAGUUCAUGCAUACCAGAAUAGUUUGCUUUUCUUGUUAAUAAAGUGAACAAAGCAGGGACAGGAGACGGUCCCUAAAAGGCAGGCAGAGGCCUAGAGUAGGUAGGGCCACAUGGUGCUGCUGAGGAGGCACCCUUCACCCAACAGCCUGCCACACACUGGGGAUGCACAAGCCUCUUUUUAGUCUUUUAAGCAGAACACUUAAAGGUCCAGCAGUUUUUAGCAAUGAUUGAAGCCCACAUUCUUAAAGAAUUGCUGUUGUAGCUAUAGAAACUUGUAGGCCUGCGCUUUAGAGUGCAGGCAGGAGAGUGCAGUUGGGCGGCAGAGCAGAGGUGCAGAGAGGAGGGUCAGAAUGGGCCCAGCCGCUCCCUGCCUGUCUAGGUGUAGGGGCAGCCUCUCCUGUUCAGAAAUGUUUAGAAAAUAGGAGACGUAAAGAAAUCCAUUAAAAAAUGUCCUGCAGUAGUAAGGGAGUGUCUUUCAGGACCAGGUCCAACGCCAGCUCCUCUGUUGUAGCCAGGUGUCUCCAGCGUCCUGUUUUUCUUGUGUCUGGCUCCUGUGCUGCCCGUGAGGCCAGGGAGGUUG